CGCGGCGCGUGCGCGGCGCGGGGCCCCGGGCCGGAUCUCUCGCGAGGAAGGACGCCAUUAUCGCAGCCGCCGCACAAAACACCACGAGAACUCGGCGCCCGCCUCACACGGAGUGCAUGCUGGGCCAGCUGUGCCCUGGGGAGCUGCAGUGGUGCCUGAGGGGUUUGGCUGCAGGUUCUGAAUGAUGUCAGAGCAGGAUUUGGCAGAUGUGGUUCAGAUUGCUGUGGAGGACCUGACUCCUGAUAAUCCAGUUGUGUUGGAGAACCAUGAAGUGGCAGAUGAUGAUGUGGAGCCUGCCCUGAAACGUCAGAGGAUAGAAAUCAACUGCCAGGAUCCCUCUAUUAAGUCGUUCCUGUACUCCAUCAACCAGACCAUAUGCCUGAGGCUGGACAGCAUCGAGGCCAAGCUGCUGGCCCUGGAGGCCACCUGCAAAUCGCUGGAGGAGAAGCUGGACCUGGUCAUGAACAAGCAGCACAGCCCCAUCCAGGUGCCCAUGGUGGCCGGGUCCCCGCUGGGCGCCACCCAGACCUGCAAUAAAGUCCGAUGUGUUGUCCCUCAGACCACGGUGAUCCUCAACAACGACCGGCAGAACUCCAUCGUGGCCAAGAUGGUGGGGCAGGAGGAGCCUCUGAGCAGAGCAGCAGAUUCCCUGGAGAACAUCCUCAGCAACGCGGUGCCAGGCCGCCGGCAGAACACCAUCGUGGUGAAGGUGCCUGGCCAUGAUGACAGCCACAAUGAGGACGGCGAGAGCGGCUCCGAGGCCAGCGACUCGGUGUCCAACAGCGGCCAGGUGGGCAGCCAGAGCAUCGGCAACAACGUCACCCUCAUCACCCUCAACUCCGAAGAGGAUUACCCCAACGGGACGUGGCUGGGCGAUGAGAACAACCCCGAGAUGCGCGUGCGCUGCCCCAUCACGCCCGCGGACAUGCUGCACAUCAGCACCAACUGCCGCACGGCCGAGAAGAUGGCCCUGACCCUGCUGGAUUACCUCUUCCACAGGGAGAUCCAGGCCAUCUCCAACCUCUCGGGCCAGGGCAAGCACGGCAAGAAGCAGCUGGAUCCUCUCAUGAUCUACGGGAUUCGCUGCCACCUGUUUUACAAGUUUGGCAUCACAGAGUCGGACUGGUACCGCAUCAAGCAGAGCAUCGACUCCAAGUGCAGGACAGCGUGGAGGAGGAAGCAGAGAGGCCAGAGCCUGGCUGUGAAAAGCUUCUCCAGGAGAACCCCCUCAUCCUCCUCCUACAGUGGCUCAGAGGGGUCGCAGAGCUCGGUGUCAGCCUCCAGUGAGCUGCAGCAGAACCAGCCCCAGGCCCUGCACUACGCCCUGGCCAACGCCCAGCAGGUCCAGAUCCACCAGAUCGGGGAGGACGGACAAGUGCAAGUAGGCCAUCUCCACAUCGCCCAGGUGCCCCAGGGGGAGCAGGUGCAGAUCACGCAGGACAGCGAGGGGAACCUGCAGAUCCACCAGGUGCACGUGGGUCAGGACGGGCAGGUAGGAGCAGCUCUGGGUGCCAGCAGCAUUUUCCCUGGAUUUUGA